CUAUUAUGUGAUAUAUGAUACUUCAUAACAAAACCAAAACCCUACAACGAGAAGUCGCAACAGCGAAAGGGUUAAGCAAAGAGAAAGAAGAACUUCAAAAUGCCGAAGUCGAAGAGAAAUAAACAAGUUACGCUAUCGAAGACGAAGAAGAAGGGAAGGGAUCAUAAAGAGGCGAUAGUGAAUGGAAUAAAGGAGGCNCCAGUUUCAAUCCAUAAUUUAUAUUUAAUUUUUCUAUUGCGCGGAGAUGCUGGCAUGGUUUUUACGAAUUUGUCUAAGGAAGAGGUUGAAAGGCUGUUUAAGGAAUUUGAAGAAUACGAUUUUGCAAGAACAGGAAGCCUUGCCACGGAAAAGGUUGAUCUCAAAGAAGGAACCUUGGAGCAGUUUACGCAUGAGAUGGAACCUUUUCUACGAAAGCAAGGCAUGCCUGUUCGAUUAAAAAAAGGAGUUGUGGAGCUUGUUUCCGAUUUUGUUGUUUGUGAGGAAGGGAAGUCAUUGUCACCUGAAGCUGCUCGUAUACUG